GAGAAAUAAAAAGAAAGAAGGCUCAUUAUCGUGCGUGUGUGACAAAUCGAAGAUCUAACGCGUUGUGGCGUGAAACGUUUCGGGAUGAACUGAGCACAAUGGACAUCCUCGUGUUCGUUUCGUAAUUGGUGUCGAAGAGAUAUAAGAUAGGAGAAUAGAGAGGACACCAGGAUAAUCGUCGACGGGGAGGCCGUCGAGAGGGACGAGAGCAAAAUGAGGGCCCCGUUGCUUCUCUUAGGCGGCAUUGUUGUACUGUCGCUCGCGGUGGCGAGAGCUCUUUCGUGUGUGUGCUCACCGCUGGAGUGCGACAUUCUUACCGACGAGGACUGUCCCGGAGGCCUCACCUGGGAUCCCUGCAGGUGUUGCAAAGUAUGCGCGCGUGUGGAAGGCGAGCCUUGCGGCGGUCUCUUUGGUUUUUCGGGAACCUGCGCUGUCGGUCUACAAUGCGUAAUCAUGAAUUUGCUAACUCGCAGUCGAGAAGUGGACGAGGGCGUCUGCACGAAGAUCCCGGGCAGAUGGAGAAGGCAUUGUCCGCACGGGCCGAUGAUGUCGGGUUCCGGCUGCAACUUGGUCGGUGAGGGAAUCGCGGACGGAAACGUGGCGGCCGGCAAAUGCGUUUGCGGUCCGUCGGUGCCCUGGUGCCCGGGUGAGCCGCAGCCCUACAUGUACAUGACGCGGCACGAGUGCCGGCUCAAUUUGGAGGCGAAAAUUGCUUACGAUGACCUCUAUAAUUCUGGCGACACGCCGAGUAGCACCGCCAUCGAGGGCACGUCGUUCGGCGAGUCGGCGACGCGGGGCGAUCGAGAACAGGUGGGCGAGAGAAAAGAAUCGAGAUGGAACGACGGCGACUGGAAGGACGACGAGAGGGCCACAAGGAGCACGCAGAUCGCUAGGACAGGAGCCGUGAACAGUGUCGACGACUGCCCGCAGGACAGCGUGCCGAACGAGAAUGGCGGUGGUUGCAAAUGUGCGGAUUGUCCACCCCACAAGUGCCGACCGGGUCAGCAGGCGGUGUUGGUGAGGGGGUCAUUUUCCGACAUCCCCGGUAACUGCUGCCCGCGCUACAACUGCGUUCCCUCAGAUCACCAUCAUCGGACUGAGUCAUUUUGUCCUGAGGAUAGCGUCCUGACGGACGAUGGUAUCUGCAAGUGCGUCCCGACAUGUCCGCCACCUAAGUGCCGAUCUGGUCAACGGCCGAUCGAAGUGCGGGCGGCCAAGCCCGAGACACCCGGUAGCUGUUGCCCCCUUCAUGACUGCAGACCCUCAGAUCCGAUUUCCUGGGCGAAAGCCGAAGAGAAACCGCAGAACUGCAUUCACGAAGGCGUCUCGAGAAAACUUGGUGAAGAGUGGAAACAGAACGACUGUAUUACUUGCGUCUGCAACGAGGAUGGAAUCGCGUCCUGCCAAACGACCAUGUGCAAGUCCUGCGAGAACGCGAUACCACCUGAUCCGGGUGAAUGUUGCCCUCACUGCCCACCGCCAACGAACAGCACCUUUGAUCCUGAGUCUUGUAAGAUGUCCCUGGAUAACUGCAAGAUGAAAUGUUAUCAUGGCUUCCGAACGGAUAAGGAUAACUGCCCGAUUUGCGAGUGCGCCGAUGAUUUGGAGGUCGACCUUGUACCGGACGUGCUACCGGAAGAUUACAAAGUUUGCCCGGAACUGCCGCACUGUGGACUGAACUGCGAUCUCGUCAAGGAUGAGGACGGCUGUUCUGUGUGCGCUUGUCAGACGCCAUCGCGUUAUCCUUCGCCAAAUGUCACCACUCCGGACACCGUGAACGAUAAAAAAAUCUGUCCUGAGGUCAAGUGCGACCUUCACUGCGAACUUGUUAUGGACGAAAACGACUGCACCUUUUGCGAGUGCAAACCAUCCAGCUGUCCGCCGCUUCUCGGAUGCAGGAAGAGGUGUAGCUUCGGUUUCAAGACGAAUAAACGCGGCUGUCCUAUAUGCCGCUGUCGAGCUUCGUGCAUGGACCAUUUAAACGAGACGCAUCCGGAGGGAUCGACUUGGUACCCGAACAGCUGCAACACAUGCACUUGCGAGCCUGGUGGACGACUUAAUUGCAAAGAAACCAUCUGCUCGGUGGCCUGCACUAAUCCGUUGCCACCGAAACCAGGCACUUGUUGCCCCAUAUGUCCGAUUACACCGAUUAAGGAAAACGACAUGAUUAAUCAAAUUACCAGCCGUGGCUGGGGCACAGUUCCGAUUACGUUAAUCGUCGUACUCGCGCUACUGUGUCUGCUACUGAUAAUCCACAUCGUGCGCAGCCGAUUCCGCGGCCGUUUAUCACCCUCGGAAGCCUCGUAUGCAUCGUAUCCCCCUCAAUAUUACAAGUGUGUGCCCGUGUACGAUACCCCGGUGCAUCGGAACGAGAAGAUCGUACCUUUGUAAAAGACUGUUAUUGAUUCCCAAAGAGAGCGCGUGUUUAUCGUCGAGCAAUAUGCAAAAAUAAAUUUUCGAUUCGCUAACUGUUUUAUACACGAUCGCCGACAAAAUUUCUUGAAACUUACGUGACGAUUGCGAUUAUGCGACGUCGCUAACGUUUAAAUGAAUCUUUUAUUUGUAAAUUCAGAUUAUUAAUUAUUUAGAGACGAAAAAAUA